AUUUAAUUUAAUGUACUUAACUAUUGUUUUUCAAUGCAAUGAAUGAAAAAAGUAAAAAACCAAAGCCAACACACAAAACGAGGUUCACCAGUGAAGUAAGUCGUUCACGUUUUUUGUUUGUUUCUCUUUCUGCACCUUUUUGCCAUCUCUGCACAACGCUCAAUCGCUCAUUGCUCUUUGCAGAAUCUCUGCAACAAGGUUAUUCCACACUACACACUCAAAAAACCAGAACCACAUUGAUACGCUUCAGGUUUCCCUCGAUGGCUUUGUUUUGAUGACCUUCACCUACCCUCAUUGCUUCUCCUUUCCUUCCUUUGUUCUGAGUGAAACCAACUCAAUCACUUUUCCACCACCAAUUGUCUUCCUUUUCCUUAUAAAGGGUCUUGUUCCUUUCCUACUAACCUAAGUCCUAAGCUCUCUCAUUUUUCUCAUUUGCUGCAUCAACAUGCAGCAUGGGUGCUCACGGUUACUCUGUUCACCAUUGUCUGAAACAUAAUAAAGGUCACAUUUUGACCGAGGAGGUCUUGCUUUUCCAGCUGUCAACUUUAAGGGUUAUGAUAUUUUAGUUUUCCUCUUCAUUGGGUUUGUUUUGCUUAUUUUUUUCCCCAAGUGGGCCUCUUGGAAUGUUGUGUGUGAUUGUGAAUGUGUGAAGCUCUGAAGAAAAAGUAACGGGGUGGUGUGGGGGGUUAUCAAAAUAGGGUUUUUUCUAUGAAUGCUUGGUGAAUGGAUGUAAUCUGACAAAAGGGGGAAAAUGGGUGCUACGAACUCUAGAGCGGAAAAGAAUGAAGCUUUGAGUCUGUGCAAGGAAAGAAAGAGGUUCAUCAAGGUGGCUAUUGAUUCAAGAUAUUCUUUAGUAGCUGCACAUGUUUCGUACAUUCAAUCUCUUCGAAAUGUUGGCAUUGCUCUCCGCAGGUAUGCUGAGUCUCAGGUAGAGGUAGAGUCAUCUCUUUCUAUAUCUAACAAAACCCCUUCUCAAACUAGUUACCCUUCUCCAUCAUCACCUUCUCAUGUUGCUGAGGUUGAGGUUUUGGAGUCACCGUUGCACACCGAGAGUCCUCUUUCGCCUCCUGUGGCCACCACUCUUAGUUACAUGAGGUCAGGGGGUAGUGCUGCUGUCACUGUUAGGAUCAAUGCCUUCGGUAACAACAACUAUUUGGAUGAUGAAUCCACCGUGGUUCCAAUGCCUCCACCUCCACCACCUCCUCCUGAGUCAGGUGCAUCUUGGGAUUUCUUUGAACCUGCAGAGGACAGUGACAGCUUCAGGUUUGCAGUGCAUUGUAGUGAGUCCAGAGAGUUUAGGGAUGAAGAAAAGGGUGAUCAAUGGUUACAUGUUGGUUCUGAUAGGCAUUGCAUGAUGCAACCACUCCUGGAUGAGAAGUUUAGUGGAAACUUCAGCAGUGCUGCAAUGGGAAAUGAGUGUGGCAACUCUUAUGCACAUUGCCUUGAUAAUUCAACUGUUUCAAGAGGAGUUGAAGGUGGCAAAGGAAUGGUUGAUGGAGAAGUGAGAGAGCUAGAGUUGCCAAGUGCUGCAGGUGAUGUGAGCCGAGCUGUUGCAAACAAGGGUGCUGGUGGAAGGUCCAGUGCAAAGAGGGAGCAAAACAUGGCUGGAAAAAAUGCCUCCACAGAAAGAGAGGAUCCUUCAGAGUUCAUCACACACAGAGCUAAAGAUUUUCUCUCUAGCAUAAAGGAUAUAGAGCAUAGGUUCAUUCGAGCUUCUGAAUCUGGUAGGGAGGUCUUGAGGUUGUUAGAGGCUAACAAAAUCAAGGUGGGAUAUUCUGAGGCAAAAGGGAAGUCGUCUACCACUGCUUUGUUGUCUGCUGUCCAGCCUGUUUGUUGCGGUAGAAAGGCUUCACCUGUUUUCCAGGAACCUGCCCAAAAAAUUAUUAGUUGGAAAAGGACAGCUUCUUCUCGAUCAUCCUCGUCCAGGAAUGCUUUGGCUACAAAAACAAAGGAAGAUAUUGAUGAUAGUGGAAGUGACUUUGUAGAAGAAUUCUGUAUGAUUGCUGGAAGCCAUUCAUCCACUCUUGACAGACUAUAUGCCUGGGAGCGAAAACUCUAUGAUGAAGUAAAGGCUAGUGAAUUCAUAAGGAAGGACUAUGAUCGAAAAUGUCACCAGCUUAGGCAUCAAUUUGCAAAAGAUCAAGGCACUCAUGUGAUUGACAAGACCCGGUCAGUUGUGAAGGAUCUGCAUUCACGGUUAACAGUGGCUAUAUAUUCUGUUGAUUCAAUAUCUAAACGAAUUGAGAGAAUGAGGGAUGAAGAAUUGCUACCACAACUUUUGGAGUUAACAGAAGGAUUGAUCAGGAUGUGGAAGGCUAUGCUUGAAUGUCAUCAUGCACAGUACAUCACCAUCUCCUUGGCAUAUCAUUCAAGGAGCUCACCAGGAACCUUGCAAGGAGAUGCACUCAGAGAGAUAAUGACUCGGCUGCUAGAAGAAGUUGAGUUCUUUGGUCUGAGUUUUGCUAACUGGAUUAACAGCCUCACCUCAUAUGUGGAAGCUGUCAAUGCGUGGCUACAAAACUGUAUACUGCAACCAAGGGAGCGUACCAAGAGCAGAAGACCAUUCUCCCCUCGCCGAGUUCUGGCACCACCUAUAUUUGUUCUUUGCCGUGACUGGUCUGCUGGGAUCAAGGCUUUACCCUCUGAGGAACUAAGUCAGGCAAUCAGAAACUUUUUGUCUGAUCUUCAUCUGCAGACGGAGCAGCAUAAUGACCAACUUCUCAAGAAACAGAAUUCUGUCAAUGCAAGUAUGGCAGAAACCGAGAGCAAAACUAAUGAAGAGAAUGAAGAUGAGUCCACGAAUUUGAGCUGCAUACAUGCAAGAUUAACAAAGGUUCUUGAUCGCCUGACCAAAUUUUCUGAGGCAUCAUUGAAGAUGUAUGAAGAUAUCAAGCAAAAAAGUGAAUCAGCUCGAAAUGCAUACCAUAAUUGCAGAACUAUCAGGGCUGAAAAAUUUUAAUUCUCAAAGUAUAUGAAUUUUUUUCUGCUGUGCUUGCUUGACAUUAAUUUAUAUUAUCAAAAACACCCAAAAUAAAACUAUAGACGCAUGAUCAUGGUCCUUGUUGGAGAAAGAAAUUUGUGAGAUGAAAAAUGGGGUGUAAGUGUCUGUAAAUGAGCUGCAUGUUAUGAUGACUAGCAAAGACUAUGUUGCUUGAAGAGAAUCUGAGAUACUUCUUCACUGAUGGUUUUGUUAUAGACACUGUUAACCAUUUUUA